UCUCAUGUUUGAACUUUAGCCCAUGAAUUCACUGCCGGCUAAUAACUAUGAUCUUACUUUUUUGACUUAUAUAUUUGUUUUGAGAAUUCCGCAGUUGGGUUUAUUAGAGAUGCUUCAAUUUGGGUCGUCGAGAAUAAUUUUUUCUCUUUUCUUGAGAUGGGUUUCUAUUUUGUGAGUUAUACUUGUCAAGGAAUCGAUCAUGGACUCUGUCGAACUGAAAUCCUGAGCUGGCUGAUAUAGUUUUCUUGCUUUCAUUUUUGUUCUGCAGUUUCGCUUUUUUGCGUUCCAGUUAUUUUGCUUCCUUUUUUUUCUUUUUUCCCUCUCCAUAAAACAGUAUACGCGUUGGAAUCUUUAUUAUCCUUUUGGAAAAUUGUAUGGCGCUUACUUUCUUGGACCAGUUCAAUGGAAGAAUUGGGCCGUUUACUUUUACUUUUUGGUGCAUCUUCUAAUGUCCAUCAACUUCUAUGAGGUUUGUAGUGGGACCAAACAUUUGACGAGUCACUUUGUGCAUCCUAUCCUUAUUCAUCCACAUAAUAAUCCGAAGUCUUCAUAGAAAUCAUUAGUAAAAAAAAAAAAACUAUCUUUUCGUUAAAACUUAUUCUUUUCCCAUUAAAUCAUUUCAACUCAUUGCCAUUGAGCAGAAUAGUUGAUAACAAAUGGGUCAAGCAUUUGGUUGCCUUCAAGUCGACCAGUCAACUGUAGCCAUCAGAGAAACAUUUGGGAAGUUUGAUGAUGUACUUGAACCUGGUUGCCAUUGUGUACCUUGGUGCUUUGGAAGCCAGUUAGCUGGUCAUCUUUCUUUACGUGUCCAGCAGCUUGAUGUUCGCUGUGAGACAAAGACAAAGGAUAAUGUUUUUGUCACUGUCGUUGCCUCAAUCCAAUAUCGAGCCCUAGCAGAAAAGGCUUCAGAUGCUUUUUAUAAGCUUAGCAAUACAAGAGAACAGAUCCAAGCUUAUGUCUUUGAUGUUAUUAGGGCAAGUGUUCCAAAGUUGGACCUAGAUUCAACUUUUGAACAGAAGAAUGAUAUAGCAAAAGCUGUGGAAGAUGAACUGGAGAAGGCCAUGUCAGCUUAUGGGUAUGAGAUAGUUCAGACCCUGAUUGUGGACAUUGAACCGGAUGAGCAUGUAAAGAGAGCAAUGAAUGAAAUAAAUGCAGCUGCAAGGCUGAGAGUUGCUGCGAACGAGAAAGCCGAAGCAGAGAAGAUACUGCAGAUUAAGAGGGCUGAAGGGGAUGCUGAAUCCAAGUAUCUGGCAGGGCUCGGUAUUGCACGGCAGCGCCAGGCCAUUGUGGACGGUCUCAGAGACAGUGUGCUAGCAUUUGCUGAAAAUGUGCCUGGAACAACGUCUAAGGAUGUCAUGGACAUGGUUCUUGUGACCCAGUACUUCGACACGAUGAAGGAGAUUGGAGCAUCCUCAAAGUCGAACUCUGUUUUCAUCCCACAUGGACCUGGUGCAGUUAAAGACAUCGCUUCGCAGAUCAGAGAUGGUCUUCUCCAAGCAAGUCGAACUCAGUAGAUUGGUCGAGAUUGAAGACACCUGUGAAGAUCAAGACGGUAUAUAAAUGACAUAAAAUAUGCUAUGUGAAUAAUAGGUUUGGUUGGUUUGUUUUUUUCUUUUGCAAAUUUCUAUUCUAGGUAGAUGUGUGAAGCUUGCUAUAUCUCAUCCUCCUCCCUCCACCAAACCCUCCCAGGUGCAGUGUUUCCUUUCAUCUGUGUUUCUAUUCAAUGAUCUUAAAGAGUUUUUAUUAUUUUUACCUUAUGACUUACGAGUAGUUGGAAACCAGGAAAUGUAGAAGUUGCAUGAUUUUGGGAGUGUU